AAAUGCUUCCUUCCGAUGCCCUCCCCAGGCACAAAUAUCGGGGGCAGGCUGGGGGACCCCGGAGGACCAGGGUUCAACAUCAAGUACCACCUGCUGACUUCAACGGAGCACCUUUUCAUGCCCCCUGAGCUGCUGUGUUUUCAGUGAGAGGGAUGGCCAAGGGAGGAGCAAAACCCCCCAAGGGGAAAAAGGUCACCUUGAAGGUCGCCAAGACCUGCAUAAAGAUCACCUUUGAUGGGAAGCGCCGCCUUGACCUGAGCAAGAUGGGCAUCACGACGUUCCCCAGGUGCAUCCUAAAAUUGGAGGACAUCGAUGAGCUGGACCUCAGCAGAAACAUGAUUAAGAAAAUCCCGGAGGCGAUCGAUAAAUUCCAGAACCUGCGCUGGCUGGACUUGCAUAGCAACCAGAUCGAUAAGCUGCCAGAAACUAUAGGGAACUUACAGAACCUCAUUUUCUUGAAUCUCUCCAACAACAAGCUCACCGCCCGGAGCUUGCCCAUGGAGCUCAACCAGCUCAAGAACCUGCGAAAUCUUAAUAUUGGCCUCAACCACAUCGACAACCUCCCAACCACCCUGGGAGCUUUGAAGGAGCUCCAGGAAGUUGGGGUAUUUGAUAAUCUGCUGACACUGAUCCCGAACAGCAUCGCAAAGCUCCCUAAACUGAAGAAGCUAAACACCAAGAGGAACCCCUUUCCUGGACCCACCGAAGAGGAAAUCUUUAUUGAUAACAUCAAACGCCUUGAGACACUCUAUUUGGUAGAAGAGAAAGACCUUUGCCCCCCGUGCUUGAGGAAAUGUCAAGAAGAGAGGGACAAGCUCAACAAGCUGAAGAACACGGUGCCUGCCCCCCUCAGAAAGCCAAACUUUUCAAGCCUCAUGACCCCCAACUCCCUGGCAAAGGAGAACCAAGCCGAGUGGAGGUGAAGAGGGCGGCAGGCCCAUCCCCACCCUAACGACUCAGCAGUGCGGAGGGAGGUAUGUGGCCCAAUGGAGUGACUUCACCUCCCUUCCUUAGGAAUGAUCCCAACUAAUAAAACAGCUCUGAGUCACAUA